CAGAGUGCUCACGCGGGGAAAGCAGCAGUCCUGUCAGCGCGCGGCUGCCUGGUGGAAGAUGGCGCGAUCCGGAUGGAAAUCCUAAUGACAGUCUCCAAAUUAGCCUCUUUUUGUACCAUGGGCGCCAAUGCCUCUGCUCUGGAGAAAGAGAUUGGAUCUGAGCAGUUUCCAGUCAAUGAGCACUACUUCGGCCUGGUCAAUUUUGGGAACACCUGUUACUGCAACUCGGUGCUGCAGGCUCUCUACUUCUGCCGGCCGUUCCGGGAGAAGAUCUUGGCGUACCGCAGUCAGCCUCGACGGAAGGAGAACCUGCUCACCUGCCUGGCUGACCUGUUCCACAGUAUUGCCAACCAGAAGAGGAAAGUGGGCGUCAUACCGCCCAAGAAGUUCAUCACGCGGCUACGCAAGGAGAAUGAACUGUUUGAUAACUACAUGCAGCAGGAUGCCCAUGAGUUCCUGAACUACCUGCUGAACACCAUUGCAGACCUGCUUCAGGAGGAGAGGAAGCAGGACAAGACCAACGGCCGCCUUGCCAACGGCACGUUGGACUCCCAGAACAACAACAGCAAUGCCACGCCCGCUCCCACCUGGGUCCACGAGAUCUUCCAAGGCACUCUGACCAAUGAGACACGCUGCCUCACCUGUGAAACGAUAAGCAGCAAAGAUGAGGACUUUCUUGACCUUUCUGUGGAUGUAGAACAGAAUACCUCCAUCACACACUGCCUCAGAGGUUUCAGUAACACAGAGACACUGUGCAGUGAGUACAAAUACUACUGUGAAGAAUGUAGAAGCAAGCAGGAGGCACACAAGAGGAUGCGUGUAAAGAAGCUGCCAAUGAUCCUGGCUCUGCACCUGAAGCGCUUUAAGUACAUGGAGCAGCUGCAGCGCUACACCAAGUUGUCCUAUCGCGUCGUCUUCCCUCUGGAGCUCCGCCUCUUCAACACCUCUGGGGACGCCACCAAUCCCGAGAGGCUCUAUGACCUGGUCGCCGUGGUGGUGCAUUGUGGGAGUGGUCCGAACAGGGGUCACUACAUUGCCAUUGUGAAAAGUCACGACUUCUGGUUGCUGUUCGAUGAUGAUAUUGUAGAGAAAAUAGACGCACAGGCCAUAGAAGAAUUCUAUGGUCUCACUUCUGAAAUCUCCAAGAACUCUGAGUCGGGCUACAUCCUCUUUUACCAGUCCAGAGACUAAAUGUAGAGCGAGCGUUUCAGCACAGAGACCAGUUCCCUCUCUGUGUGGGGAGCAAUGGACCAGACACCACAGCAGCCCGCUUGGUGUUACACCUGUCUGCACAGUUGUUAUUCAUACCUGUGCUUUUUACGCACUCAGCGCUGCAGCUCAGCCGUGGAAGCCCCUCACCCCACCCCACAUACCAUGUACCAGCUGGGCUCCAUGUCCCACCUGCCCCCCCCCCCCCCCCCCCCCUUCCUCCUCUUUCAUCCCCUUCACUCUGGUUGGAUGCUGCUGCUGCAGGGACAAUGAGACGAUAAUGAAUGAAAACUGUGUGUCAAGAUUGUUUUUAAAGACGUUGAAUGAGGGUUGUACAGAUAUCGGCCGGCGUACGAGUGGUGUUUAGGUUUUGCCUUGGGUGUGGGGUGGAUGGGUAUUUAAUAAUUCAUAUGAUGUGAUAUUGGCCUGGUGUCCUCACCCCCCACACUGUUAAUUCUGCACUGGGAUUUUUGUAGAGUGGAUCAUGUUUUUGAUCGCGGCUGUAUACGCCGAUGGGUGGGGGGUGAGCGUCCCACUUAGGGGGCGCACCGGGUUGUGUAUUUCUACAGUGUACAGAAUGGUAUUUGUAUAAAUAUUACAAGAAGAUAAUAUUAUCAUUGGAACAUGUUAGACCUUGAGAAGAUGUAUUAACACUAUGGUGCACUUUUGAUACCGUUUUGUAGGUGUUGGCAAGUUUAAUGUGAGGGUUUGCUUGAAAAGGCCUGUUGUGAAGCGAUCAUUUUCUGUUUUAAAGAAAAAGAAAUAAAGCCAGUAAG